UGAUCUUUCUUUCAUGUCACCAUGACACAUCAGCACAACCAAACCACAGUCCCAAAGAUUAAAACUACAGAAGUUUGAAAGAGACGGGAGGGAGUAGGACUCGGUCAGAUGUUUGUAAUAUUGAUUAGUUUUAGUCUUUAGGAGACUUUUGAGCAAUUUUUUUAGUCUUCGAGUGAUAACAAAAUAAAAGUUUCUGAUGUUUGCAAAAAUUUCCAGCAGACUUUGCUAAAACGUGAAGACCAAGAAAAUAAUGGAGUAUAUCAAGACUCUUUAAUAAAAAUAAAUACUUAAAAAGUGGAGAUAUUGAAAUAUCACAUUGCAAGUUCGAAGGACUUAAUAAUACUUCCAUAACUAUGCAGAGGAAUUACAUACAAACUCGAGAAGAUAAGCUUCCAUCCACAAAUCCCAUCAAGAUACAAGAAUCAACAACUUCAAUUGAAACAACGGCAGGGCAGAUCAUCAGGAGGGUCUUUGGAAUUCUUUUCUAUGUACAUCUGAUCCUAAUCACAAUCUUGGUAAUCUUCCUGAUAAUCCAUGGCCUCCUUUCUAAUGUUCACAAGCACCAUUUCCACCCCCGGAAAUGGUUUCCUCCACUGCUCACUUCAGCAGCAUCUGCUGGAAUUGUUGCUUUCAUAUGGCAAUGGUUAACUGGAUACACCCACUCGACAGCCCUCAAGGCAGCCUUUUGGCUUAGUCCUUUGCUAACAUUUGCAGCUGGCAUUCUACUCAUUUUAAUAGGCUCAGCUGGGGCUUUAGCGGUUGGUGUGAUUGCUGUAGUUUCUGCCCUCAUUCUAUCCCUCUAUGCUUGUUGGGUCAAUCCCCGAUUCGAGUAUGCUCAACAGAUUUUAUCAGUAGCUAUGGCUUUCUAUCCUGCUAAAACUGUAGUGUUAGUCAUUCUAUCAAUCCUUAUCAGUACUCUUUAUUCUUGUUUCUUGAUGUCUGGCAUUGGAGGGGUUACUGCCUCCAGAACCAGCUUAGAUACCUUUUUAAUUUCAGUCAUUUUGCUAAGCCUGGCCGGGACUAUGCAUGUCAUCAAGAACACAUUGAUAGUUACAAUAUCUCGCGUGAAGUUCUUGCAAUUCGCCUGUGGGGCUGACAUGGACAUUUGCGCAGCUUUCCAUGACACAAUCAAGUACUGUAUGGGAAGCAUUUGCAUUGGCUCAACCCUGGUUCCAAUUCUUGGGGUUAUUCGGGGCUCAGCUCGAGCCUUGAAGUUGAUAGCAGGGGAUAGAGAUAAGUUCUUGUUUUCUUGUGCUGAUUGUUAUGCAGGCCUUGCUUCAACCCUUAUAACGUACGGGAACCGGUGGGGUUUCGUGUACGUCGGGGUCUAUAACAAGGGGUUUGUGCAGGCAUCGACUGAUGCUUGGCGGAUGUUCGGGAUGGCUGGAUUGGAAACGCUAAUUGACUCUGAUCUAACUGGGUCAUUCUGUUUCCUCUUUGGGGUGGCAGGGGGUGCUAUAUGUAGCCUAAUAAGUGGAACAUGGGCGCUUGCUAUUCACGAGAAUCAAGCUACUGAAGUAUCAAUAUAUGCUUUCUUGGUUGGCUAUUUCAUGUGUCGGGUGGCUAUGGCUUGGCCACAAGCAUGCGUUUCAGCUUACUACAUUGCUUACGCAGAGAACCCACAGAACCCUCAAUUCGAUUCGACCAUCCCAGAUCGCAUUCAAGAGCUUCAGAGAUAUCGUGUUUAACAAUCAAUGGGACUUGAGAGCUAAUUGGAACCGUUAAAGUUGUUAUUUGAGCAACUAUAGGCAUUUUUUUUUUAUGGUGUGGUUUGUUAAUUUGUUUUGUACCAUAUGAAGGUUUUAGUGACAAUGAUUUGAAAAUAUUCCAGAUAGAGAAUAAAAGCAGAUUGGGAGCUAACUGGAACCGUUACUCACAAGUUGCUACUUGAACAACUAUAGUCAAGUUUUUUUUGGGCAAGUGAAACUAUAGACAUGUAAAGGAUAACCAGAUUGAGAAUACAUCUUUUUUUUCUUUU